AUGGACCCGGAAGAGAGAACCGACGGCAGAUCGCUGCAGGCCGUCGCGGCCAUGCGCAAGCCGGCGGCGUGUGUUUCAAUGAUGCCGCAUACACACAUGUGCACGCUGCACUCGCCAGCCAGCCCGUGUUUCGCCGACCCACCGUAUUGCCAGCAGCACACAACCUGCGUCCUACAUCCUACGGACCAUCCUACGGUCUACCACGCUCACAACGCGUAUGAUACCGCGCCGAGGACAGCCCAAACCAUGCCGUACCAUGCACAACGUCGCACCGUGUUCACCGCGUCCGCAUCGCACGGCAGCGCAGGAUCCGGAGAGUUCGACUUCGUUCCAAACGUGAAAUUCUGCAAAGGUUACAGGGGCAGGACUCAGUUCGCUUCGCUCCGCGUGUCGUUUCGCUUGCAUCGAGCACGCCGCGGCCGGCUGGGCGUGGCCAUGCUCGCGCGUUCUUUGAAGAUACGAAAGAAAAAGAAAAAGGGGGCGGAAGGUACCGCGAAGGAAGGCUCGAGGAAGGCGUUCUCUCGCACCGUACCAACCGCACGCGGCGACGAGAGAGGCUCGAUACACAGAUACAGACACGUCCCUGCUCGAGACAGAAAAGAACGCGGAAUUUGCAAAACGGGGACUCACCGGCACGAAGGGACCGACGGAAGCCGCUUUACAUACACGAAGCGUGCCUUCGAUAUUGCACAGUUUCCUGGCGUGAGGAGACUACUCGGAUGGAACCUGAUAGAACCCCCACCGCGUGCGAGCCAGCUGGGAAUUGGCAAAAGGCAGAGGGCCCCUAAUAGAAUCGAGCAGAAGCGGGGCGAGGCCCAUUCGCCGCCGACGCGGCGUGGGAAAGUCUGGGAACCGCUGGGCCCCCCCUCCAUACGCCCGCACCGCACCGCACCGCACCGCAUCGCAUCGUUUGACUGUGUUGAGCACCACUGCGAGAAGCCACGAACACUGCAGCCGGACGGGCGGGACGCAGGCCGAGGUGGGUCCGGCAGUCACGGUACUGCAUGCGCGGGUUCUGAUUCGAGCUUCGUCAAAAGCUUUUUCUUUUCUUUCGAACCCAGACGAGGUGCUCGCUGGUUCGGCGAUCAACUCGGAUCCAAGGCGGACGAAGGAAGCGGAGAUGCAUGCGGGCAGAUGAACGUGGGCGCUGGGAGUGAGGGUGGAGGGGCGGGGGAUCGGAUGGAUCAUGGACGGACUGCGGGCGGGUUCCAAUCACCCUUGGAUCGAGAUGCGCCGGUCGUGGCUCGUGCGACCGACCGACGUCUUCGAGGGCUUACUGUACUUGGUCGCGAGAUGCGUCGCGCGGUGGAGGCCUGCGGAGGGUCGACGGGCGGAGUGGCGCCCGGUGCGGACGUGGCGGCGGGGGAACCAGCUGGUUGCGGUGGCGGCGGACAACACGGGAAAUCGGGAAGACGAAUGCGGAGGGGCGGAGGAAGGCGGAGGAAGGCGCGGGCGCGGGCGGGGAGCAUAGGCGCUGGCCGUGCGAGGGAAUUGCACGAUGUGCAUUCCGGCUCUGCGUUUGUGACCGGCGUGGACGCUGAGAACGCACGCGUGCCCGAAACGAGCAGGGAGGGAGGGGGGGACUCCGGGGGACUACUGGGAGACUACUGGGGGCCACAGGAGGCGGUUCCCAGGCCAUGGCCCCGUUCCAGCUCGCCAGCAGGAGAACCGGUUCAGCGUUUGGCGCGUGGCGACGGCGCGUACGUACAGGGUGUAUCAGAUUUGUUGCGGAGGGUCGAGCGGUCUGGGCUGCGGGGACUGAUUGAGCGAGAGGUGUCAGACCGUGUCAUUGCGCUGUGGCGACGCGCUUGGUGGAUCGGAUGGAGAAGGGAAUCAUAA